UGUCUAACAGCGGCUCACGAUAAUUUCUUCUUAAUCCGUCUCCGUCACUCGCCGCGUUUUUUAUUCUAAUUUAAGAAAUUUUGAAUAAAUAAAUAAUUUAGAAAUGAGAAUAAGCAGUCGAGCUAGAGCAAUUACCAAUGGCUCACCGAUACCGGUUGGAAUGGAUAGCAAGCAAGUCUUGAUUCAUGUAGUGUUUCCCGUUGAAUACGACGUUGGUAGGUGGACUUCACUCAAGUCUGAUCCACCGAUUACUGAGAUGACAACGGCGACUGUCAAUCCAACGCAUUUCGUACAAAAUUCAGACAGUUUGCAUACAGCAAUCAAACCCAUCAUCAAUCUUGCCCAGUGUUUCGCUGUUUUUCCAGUAAAUGGGGUGAAUACACCGGACUCCUCUCAUCUCAAAUUCACAUGGAGAAGUCUCAAAAUCCUGUACAGUAUGAUAGUCCUGGUAUUGUCUGUAAUAAUGACAGGAGCGAGUAUUCACCGGAUACUCUCCAGCACAUUCACCUCCCCAAAAAUGACUACAUUAGUAUUUUUCGGCGCAUCCUGCGUCACGAACGUCCUCUUCCUGAGACUAGCUAUGCGAUGGCCAGGGAUAGCUGCUAAAUGGGAGAAAAUUGAGCGAGAAUUAGCUACUCGUCAUCGACGAACAUCAAAGUACAAUCUUGUCGCUCGAUAUAAAAUCAUUACAGUGACUGUUAUGGCAAUAGCUCUCAUCGAGCAUGCACUUUCCCUAGUGUCCGGUUAUCUGAGUGCAUCUGAAUGUGCCCAAUUACAAGGCGAUCCUGACGUUCUCGGGGUGUACUUCAAAACACAAUUCCCCCAGGUUUUCAACAAAACAGUUUACUCAAUCUGGAAGGGCCUGAUGGUACAGGGUAUCAACGUUCUCACGACAUUCUCCUGGAAUUUUCUCGACCUCUUCCUCAUCCUCAUGAGCACAGCAUUGACUUACCACUUUGGAUUACUCAAUGCAAGACUCAACUCAAUUAAGGACAAGACAAUGCCAGAGUGGUGGUGGUCAGAGGCGAGGACCGAUUAUAAUCGUCUUGCUUCACUUACAAGACAAGUGGAUUCUGAUAUCUCUGGACUUAUUCUACUGUCUUUUGGAAUCAAUCUGUAUUUUAUUUGCAUGCAGCUUAUGUAUUCGUUCAAUCGAGUGCCCAAUGUUAUUCGUACGAUAUACUUUGGAUUCUCUUUUGGGGCGGUUAUCGCGAGAACAGCAGCUGUUUCUCUGUCUGCUGCAUCAGUACAUGAUGAAUCAUUACUUCCUGCACCGGUAUUGUACAGUGUUUCUAGCUCGAGUUACUCAACAGAGGUGGUUAGAUUCUUGUCCCAAGUAACAACAGACACUAUAGGAUUGACAGGAAUGAAGUUUUUUUCCAUUACCCGCAGUCUUGUUCUCACAGUUGCAGGAACAAUAAUCACUUAUGAACUUGUUCUCGUGCAAUUCAAUGCCGUCCAACAGGUGAACCCUUCAAACUUGACAAAUGCUUGCGAACUGAAGUAACCACGCGUCAGCACCUCCUUCAUAGUUUCGAAAAAAAAUAUAGAAAUUUUUUUACUUUCUGUCUUAAAAUUCUUUUCGUCAACUCUCCUUCUUAUUUAUUUAUCUCUCGGUAUCACCGAAACUGACACGUUCUCACGAAUCUCUCGCUUGUCACAAAUUUAAUAAAUCUAUUUGACUACUGUG